AUGACCUGUGUGAUAUUUUUUAUGUGAUUGUGGAGUUAUGCCGCUUUGUAAAGAAACAUCCGACUCCACGUUUAUUCUGCAUCAACUUGAAAUCUGACAGCUUCAUUUGCUGAUACUGAUACUGUACUUUUGUCACAAACAUAAUCAGAUCCACAAAACAGCUAGACGCUCUAUAUAUGGAAAUUGAAAGUCAAUGUCCAAAAAAGCAUAAAAGAAAUUUUUUCUAAAGGAUUAAGAACAAUGUCAGAUUCACACCAUCAUGACCCAGCUAUGAGAAAACUGAGGGAAGUCCUUACAUUGGCGAAAUCCAUAGAUGUUCCAGUGACUGUCAUUUCUGGUUUAGAAAGAGUUGGUGAACUAAUGAAGAAAAGAGAUGAUUAUUGUGAUCAGAAAACAACAGGACCAAGUGAAGCAAUGGCAGCUCUAAUCAAAGACACUCUUGAGCAUCCAUGGAAGCAACUUUAUAAUGAAGAAAAAACCAAAUGGGACAUCAACCCAGUAAUGAUGUCAGGAAAUCUUGAAGGUUAUGUAUUGAAGUUCUUAGUUAAUGCUUCAAAAGCUAAGAAGGUAUUAGAAGUAGGUUUAUUUACUGGAUGUAGUGCUUUAGGCAUGGCGGAAGUCAUGCCAAAUGAUGGAAAGGUUGUUACAUGUGAAUUUGAUCCAUAUUUAGCCAAACUUGCAAGGACUUAUAUGGAUCGAUCGCAUCAUGGUAAAAAGGUAGAAAUUCUUAUAGGCUCAGCAUUAGACACUAUCAAAGAUCUUGCAAAAAGUGGAGAGCAGUUUGAUUUCAUUUUCAUAGAUGCUGAUAGACCUGGAAAAUCUGAAUACUUUCAUAUAGCCCUGAACAACUUAUUGGCACCUGGAGGUACUAUCGCCCUAGAUAAUGCCUUAUCCAGUGGAAGAUCGUAUAUGACAGAUACACCCCACGACGAUAGAAUAAAGGAUGUGAAUGAGAUAAUAGCGACAAGAGAGGAUAUCUACCAUGUCCUGCUUCCUGUAAGAGAUGGGAUCAUGCUUGUAAGAAGAAGAUGUGACAUGAAUUAUAGAUAAUACAUUAUCAUGUUUAAUAUGCUGUUUGUAGAUAUAAAAAGUUUUUCAAAUUGCUCUUGCAAA